CGAGGUGGCGGUGGCUUGGGCAGGGCUCGGCGGGCUCCUCCCGGCCGCCUGAGUGGCCGUGGCGCUGCUCUGCCUGCGUUGCUGUGUGACCCGUGAGGGCGAGGACAGGUGUCCCGUGCCUAAAAGGCGAGGAGUUCCUGUUGUAGUGCAGGAGGAGAGUCGUAAGAUGGGUUCCUAAGGUACAUCUGUAAAAACAGAUGUGCAAAUCAUACACACAUCGCAUGAGAUGUGCCUGGUGUUACGCGCUGAUAAGGUUAAGUUAGUAUUUGACUACCUUUCCCAAGAAAAUCAAGGUAAACAGUCAAGUAGUCCAGUUCCCAGCACUUGUCUGUGAGCCUGCUUGUAAGUGACAACUUGAAUGACUUCUGUCUGCCUGACUUGGCUUUGUGGUUUUCUCAGCUGUGUCUUUCACUUAUUCCCCCAAAGUAGUCAUGCUUUUACUGAUUAUAUGCUGUUCUGUCGGGGUUUUCUUCUGCAGUAUCACUGAGUUUUUAAAAUGAGAGUACUCAGUGAAUGUUGCAGUUGCAUUUAGCUAUGCAAUAAAUUCACACAUUGUACUAGUUCCCUGUUAAUUCAUGACAAUAAACUAGCUGUCAUAAGUUGUAUGUUUUCUUAUUCAUGCUUUUUAAGUGUUCUAAGAAAGACAAAAAUUUCUUCGAUUUGGUAGGGGUGACAGGAUACUCCAUUAUUUUGAGGCUUUUUAUGGUAACAUCCCUACAAUCAUUCAAUUUGGAAAUAAAUUGUAUUUGGGUAAGUGGAAAUCAUGAGAGUUGGAAGCCAAGAUAUUGUUUGGUUUAACUUCUAAGGAAUUAAGCUUUUAACUGCAAGUUAUCUGCCCUUUUAUGAUGCGUUGAAAAUGUGCAAGAAGAAUUAAACAGAAAAGAGAAUGUCCAACAGCUUCACUCGCGAGACUGUGUGGAACACCAGAUGACAGCAGAAAGGCAGGAGCUGCUGGUCAUCUGUCUCAAACCCAUCGUUCCAGCUGAGGUGAAGUGAAUGCAGCAGCAGCAUCUUCUCCCACCUCAUCUUCCCCCUUGCCCUCACAGGCUGUUCUCCUCUGACCCCUGUAAGACACUGACAGGUAUUUCGGCAUCUGCUUGGCAAAGCAUUAACAGCAGCUGCACAUAGGCUUCCAUAGGCGGUUGCUAUUCUUUUCUCGUGCUCUUGGCAGAAUGACUUCUUUGUGGGCCAGUUUUUCUGAGAUGCAAGAAAGAGUGUGAAGUUGUGAUGAAGCAGGAAUUCCACAAUUUCCUUACAACUGUUAGUCAUAAGAAAAUAACUUUGCUUUUAUCACAACUGGGUAAUUUUCUCUACUUGUAUCAAACCCCGUAUACCCUUAUGUGUGUUUGUUAUAGGUGAGGUAGAAUUUACACAGUCACACAGGGAGUUAGCAAGCGUGGUGACAUGAGCUCAGAUGUGUUCAGUACACACUAGGAACUGUUUUGUGGUUAGGGCUUUCCAGUUCAAGUCACACACAGAAAGGAUCUGCACCAGAAGCUGGGGAUCACCUGCUUUCUAGAUUCUUCUAGCACUCUGAAGAAAACUGCUUCUUUGCCACACCAGAAAUUUCCAUGUCUAUAUUCAGUGUUUGGUUCGAUAGUGGCUGCUCUCCUGGUUUCCUUCUUCUUGUCCGUACUGUGUAACAGUAUAGUGAAGGUAUGUGUCAAAUUCCUUUAAGACUCAUUCAAGCCUAGUCGGAAACUAUGUGUUCUUCAAAGUGAGUUAGACUGCUGCAAAGAGAUGAUGUUUCUGUGCUAAUGUGACUUUGAACUGCCUUCGCUAUUUUCUGCGGCAUUCUCAUGUGAAUGUGGGAGUUAGAGAUGAGUGCUACUGCACAGAUCUGAAUCAUUUUGCCUGGAGUUAAUUUGUGAAGUUCUUUCAUUGAAGUGCUUGGAUUCUCUCCCAGUGUUCUUUCGCAUAAGCAGCAGACUUAACAUCUGCAUCUCAUCAACAGGCACAAAGUUCUGCUAAACCUCUUCAGGUUUGAGAACCUCUGCAACUCCCACCCACAGCUAUGCUUAUUGUGUAAGUAAAGGAGGAAGAGCCAUCAGAUUAUAAGCAUAUCUGUCUCUUUCAAAAGACUAGUUCUUUUGCCAUGGAAGCUGAAGAAACGAUGGAAUGUAUCCAGGAAUUCCCUGAACACUAUAAAGUUAUUUUGGAUAGACUGAAUGAACAACGUGAACAGGACCAGUUUACAGAUAUCACUUUGAUUGUUGAUGGUCACCAUUUCAAAGCGCAUAAGGCUGUUCUUGCUGCCUGUAGCCAGUUCUUCUACAAGUUCUUCCAAGAUUUCACUCAGGAGCCCUUGGUGGAGAUUGAAGGUGUAAGUAACAUGGCAUUUCGUCACCUGAUUGAGUUCACCUAUACAGCAAAACUAAUGGUCCAAGGUGAAGAAGAAGCAAAUGAUGUUUGGAAAGCAGCUGAGUAUCUACAGAUGUUAGAAGCAAUCAAAGCACUUCAAAUCAGGAACAAAGAAAACUCAUCGCCUUUAGAAUCAAAUCAAGCACAAGGAAACAGUAAACCAAAAAAGAGGAAGAUAGCUGAAACCUCUAAUGUUAUCACAGAAACACUGCCGUCUGCAGAAUCAGAGCCUGUGGAAAUUGAGGUUGAGAUUGCUGAAGGCACAAUUGAAGUGGAAGAUGACAGCAUUGAAACACUUGAAGAAGUAGCUUCUGCAGAGCAAUCCAUAAAGUACAUACAGACAACGGGUACAUCGGAUGAAUCUGCUUUGGCUCUUUUGGCAGAUAUCACCAGCAAGUAUCGUCAGGGAGAGAGAAAAUGCCAGAUCCAGGAAGAAGGUGAUAGUGCAACUGAUACCUCAUGCAAACAGGUAGAAGGUAUUGAAAUUGUGGAACUUCAGCUGUCACACAUGAACAAUUUAUUCCACUGUGAGAAAUGUAACCGUUCCUUUAAAUUGUUUUACCAUUUCAAGGAACACAUGAAAACACACUCCACUGAGAGUUACAAGUGUGACAUAUGCAAUAAAAGGUACCUACGAGAGAGUGCUUUGAAACAGCACCUCACCUGUUACCAUCUUGAUGAAGGUGGUGCCAGCAAGAAGCAAAGACCUGGCAAAAAAAUACAUAUAUGCCAGUACUGUGAUAAGCAGUUUGACCACUUCGGACAUUUUAAAGAGCACCUCCGGAAACACACAGGUGAAAAACCAUUUGAAUGUCCAAACUGCCAUGAACGUUUUGCUAGGAACAGCACGCUCAAAUGUCACCUGACAGCCUGUCAGUCUGGAGCUGGAGCUAAAAAGGGAAGAAAGAAGCUGUAUGAAUGUCAGGUUUGUAACAGCGUGUUUAACAGCUGGGAUCAAUUCAAAGAUCACUUGGUAAUACACACUGGUGACAAACCCAACCACUGUACGCUAUGUGAUUUGUGGUUUAUGCAAGGCAGUGAGCUGAGAAGGCAUCUCAAAGACAUGCACAAUAUUUCAGAGCGAAUAGUGACAGAAGAGGUUCUUCCAGUGGAAGCUGUGGAAGCUGAACCAGUAACAUCUAUGACUAUAAUAGAGCAAGUGGAGCAAGUCCAUGUUCUUCCAGUAAUUCAGGUACAAGUGGAUCCUGCACAGGUAACUGUGGAACAGAUGCACCGGGAUCUCAUACAGGACAAUCAAGUGAAAGGCACACAGGUGGAUGAACUGCAAGAACAGGUGCAAAUUAGUUAUUUGGAAGUUGAACACAUUCAGACUGAACAAGGUGCUGAAGUUCAUGUGGAGCAGUUACAUGUUGAGCAUGUAAAUCAGAUACAGAUGGAAGAAGUACAGGCAGAACUUAUAGAUGGAACAGAACUUGAACAAGUAGAAUAUGAAAGUGUUGAUCAAGGAGAAGCAGAAGAAAAGAAACCUAAUCAAGUAGAUGAUGGAGAUAAGGAAGAUCAUGAACAAGCUGAAGGCUUAAAGACUCAACAGUUAGUGGACAUGCAGAACAAAAAGGUGGACAAGUAGGACAAAUAACAACACUGUGCAGAUAUAGGAAUUAAAUACCAAAUUAUUUUUGUUAACUUUUACAUUGGGUUUCGAAUUGUCAGUGGGCAUAUUUCCAAUAUGCUGUCCUUAGGAAGCUGGACAAGCGGACCAAAGUUAGCUUUCUUCAUGUGAAACUAAACUUCUCUCAUAUAUGAAAAAUAACUUACCCAUUCACGUAAUACCAUGGAACAGAAGCUCCCACAGACAUGGACAGCUUUGUGAGGAUUUUAAGAAUGAGUACCUUGUACCGUUGUUACACCAUCCCUGGAUAUAUGAAAGAGUAACUUCACCUCUUUUCCUCUUGCAGUAGGAGCAAACUCUUGUUACAGAUUCGCAGGGUGUCUGUGGCAGAAGAAUCAGUAAAACCUAGUGGGUUCUACUGUAAGCAGCAAUCGGGUACCUAUGAAUUUUUGGAUCAGGCCGCUGUUUCCCAAAAGUGGUCCCUAACUGUCAGGCUGGAGAAAAAACAUUGUUGGUGGAGGUUUCUGAGCACAAAAAUCCUGUGCCUUUUUACACUGACUGGUUAAAUUUCCACAAAGUUUUUAGAGUGUUCAAGAACUUAGUUCAGUAAAAGGCGACUUAGGUAAUGUUAUAGCGCUUUAUAUUUUUGCUUAAAAUUGUCAGCUACUGAUUUUUUUUUGCAUUAAUUUUAGAGGUGGGGGGGGAUGAGGUGGGAAACUGCCUCCACAUGGAGGCAGCAGGACACUUUAAAAUAGGAAAAGCUCAGUAGAAUCUGUGGUAAACCUGAGCUGAAAAAAAGCUGCCAUCAGACUCUUCUUUUAUAAAUCAUCAUUUUUUAAAAUGAGUAUGUUAAAACAUAAAUAUAGAGGAGACUUGUCUAUAUGGUAUCAGGUUCCUGUUUUAUUGAAAUGAAUUCUGACACUUGACACAAAAACAUGCUAAACAUAAAAGUAAAAGCCAUAGGUAUGAGUGCUAAACUGUCAAUUGAAAAGUAGGAGUGUAAAUAAUUUAAUCAAUAUUAGACAAUAAAACAAUACCAACCGUGAAAUGUUGCAUUAUUUGUUUCAUCCAAUAAAUUAGGAACAACUGAGUGACUGUCGAUUACAGUGCCAGUGUCUUCCAAGAAUCAGUCUCAUUUUUAGUGAGAUUAAUAGCUCUUUACUGUAAAGUUAGAUUUGUUUAGAAAAUAAUUGCCUAGCUCUUAUGUUCAAGGAUGCUAAGGACUUCUAAUUCUCAAUUACUGCCUUGAGAUUAGAACUGCUCCACACUUCUGAAAAUCUGUCUUUUCAAAGCCUUAACUGAAGGGAGGAGUUUUUUGCAAGGAUGUUCCCUAAUGCUCUUGAUAAUCAUGUAGAUCGUAGUUAAAAUCAGGCUUUUUUAUUCAGUCUUCUCCAAAUGCAGAAUUUGCAGAUUUGUUCUUUUAGUCUCAUUCAAAAUUAUUCUUCUGUUUCAUCGCAGACUUUGAGGAAUUGUUGCAAACCAAACAUGGAUCUCAAUUAAAAUUUCAAGCAACCUGAUUAACGUAACUUGCAUUCUUUUUUAUUAUAUUUGUGUUUUCUAAGAUGCAGGUAAUAUGUGAUGAAAUUCUGUGCAGAGGGAAGAAUGUGGCCGAAUGUUAAUUAUGAAAGUAAAAGUUGGCGAUUGUAUUUAUACCUGGCUUCUGAUAAUAAGAACACAGAGGGGACAGCCCUGCUUCCAUAGCUGUGUAACUGACUUUUUAGGUAUCUCUGCUCAGUCACGACGUCUGUAUCUGAAGAAUUAAAGGAACAAUCUGGCCAUGUCUCUGACCAAUGAGUCUAACUCAUAGGUGUAAUUUAAGUCCAAUACAAAUUGGGCAGUUAGGUGGUAUUGGUAGCAGGGCUGUGGUUUGGUAAGCAUAACUGGGCUAUUUCUUUGUUCUGUUUGAUCUCCCCUUUUCAACAACAGUUCACAAAUUUGGUAGGGAAGAAGUGAUGCUCUGCGCUGUGCUACCCCAUCUGGACUCCCGCAGAGCCUGGUGGGAGCGUGGUGGGGCUAUGAGCCAUCUCCUCACCCUGAGGGGUGGGGGAGAAGACUCUUUGUAAUUAUUAACUCUGCUGGAAAGCUUUUCCCUUUGCAGCCGCCUGUAAUUUCCUUCCCAAAUGUCUGAAGCCCAGAUUGCUCCCACCAGUGGAGUCCCUCAUGCCUCCUUACUGCCGCUGGGGGAUACUGGAGGAGUCAGAGUCUGGCUGCUCUCUGUAACAGCCACCUUGCCAUCCUCUUUCUGCCCCAAAUGUCGGUGUAGACACACAGACCUCUCUGAACUCUGCAUGACCUGCACACCACUGGAGAAGUUCUUCCUUCUGGUCCCCAGUGCCCUGCAUUAUGCAGGUGCUAGUCUGUAGCUUGCAGUGAGGCAGCACACCAUGUGAAUGUUUGGGUUUAUGAUGAGUGAAACUCAUCAGCUAAAGCAGUGGCGUCUAGGCAGUAAGAACAGAAAAGUGGGAGUGGACAAAGACCUAUGAGGUGUGUCUGGAUAUAAAACAAAACUGAGCAUCAAACUGAGACCAAGGUUAGAGGUAGAUUUAUAUGUGAUAUUCAUGAGAGGCCAUAAGUUAUUUCUGAAAGCAGAGCAGGGAGAGGAAGGGGAGCUGAUCAAUAGUUUGAGAGACACUGAGUUAUUCAGGCAAUAUAAGAAAGGACUAGCUACUUUUUUUGUU